AUGUUGCGGCGGCGACGCGUCGUGCUGUGUGGCGUCUUGCUGUCGUUAACAGUGACUUUCUUCGUGUUCCAAGUGCAAUGGACAAGGAAGCCCGCCGCGGAGAAAGCUGCAGUCGAAAGACUACAAGAUGGCGAGACGUUGCGCGUGGUGCACCUGGACCUCAAGGGUGCACCGCCAAAGAUGCGAGUCCUCAAGACUCUGAUUCCUCUUAUCGCAGCUGCGGGCGCCAACGCACUCCUGCUGGAGUAUGAGGAUAUGUUCCCGUUCGUGGGCAUGCUCCAAAAUGCGUCCGCCAGAAAUGCCUACAGUAGGGAGGAGAUCCACCAGUUGCUGGUUUACGCCCGCAAGUCCGGCCUGGAAGUAAUUCCUCUGGUGCAAACUUUCGGACACCUGGAGUACAUCCUCAAGCUGCCGGAGUUCAGGCAUUUCCGAGAACUGUCGGGUUUUCCGCAGGAAAUCUGUCCGUCUAACCCGGACGUUUUCCGAGUCCUAGUCCAAGAACUGAUCGAGCAAGUUAUGUCACUCCACCCGACUGCUAAGUGGCUACACAUCGGUUGUGAUGAAGUGUUCCAUCUGGCAGCAUGCACGAGAUGCACUAGCAGAUAUAUGGAGGGCAGGCUGCUGUUCACAGAGCACGUGGUUCGCGUUGCGCGGUUUGUGCGCGACAGGUUUCCAGGGAUCACUCCUCUCAUGUGGGACGAUAUGCUACGGCAUUGGCUGCCCGUGGACUUGGCGGACUCGGGACUGGGAGAGUUAGUGGAACCCAUGGUGUGGGUAUACAGCGAGGACGUAGCACGUCAGUUGCCCCACUAUAUGUGGUACAUGUAUGGUCGCGUGUUCUCGCAUGUGUGGGUGGCUAGUGCAUACAAGGGCGCAUAUGGAGAGACAGCACUAGCACCCGACCUGCGUCGCCAUUCUGAGAACAACCUAGCCUGGCUUCGAAUUAUGCGGUCAACAAAGGGCGUGCAAUUCCGGGGUAUGGUGCUGACUGGCUGGGCUCGCUAUGACCACUUUGCAGUGCUGUGUGAGCUGCUGCCCGUGUCGGUCCCAUCCCUGCUGCUCAACCUGCUUCUAGUGUCUCACCCACUUUCCUCUAAGUCACAAGUCAUAGUUCAGUGGACACAAGCACUCUCCUGUCCUCCAGCCUUCACCCCAAAUGCAUUAUUCGACUCUGACCCUUUCCAGUGGCAUUUGGGUGCAUGCACAUUCUUGGGUAGCAACCUGUUCUCUGCUGUGGCAAACUAUGUGACUUUACAGGCUCGAGUUGACAGUCUGUACACUGACAUGACGCAGAGGCAUGGCUGGCUCACAAUGUAUAAUGUGCGCCACAACUUCUCUAGCCCAUGGAGGGUGCUGGAUGCCCUGACCAAUGGCCAGCGACUGGUGCGUGAGUUGGAUGCUUUCAGAAACUCAACAGCACUCAUCAUGUUACAAUACUUUGACCGAUUUACUGUGGAUGAGUGGCUGGAGCAGAAAGUGGACUAUCUGACCGAGAAAAUGGUGUCCUUACAGCGCUAUGUGCAGACCCUGAUUGCCAGGGAUACCUGGCAGAGGAGACCAAUAAGCUAACACCAAAGCUAUACUGAAAAUUGAGUUGAAGUCUAUCGGAUCUGGCUGUUUUGCAGUUAGCUAGCACUGGCCACAGGUCCAGCCUCACUUUACUAUUUCAGUAGAAACAGGUUUGCCAGACUUGUACCUCAGAAUUUGGACAGAGGCCAGAAGCUUUUUGGCCUACUAAACACUUAAACUCUCCUCUUUCUCUAUUGUGUGCAGUGUAUACAAUCCCAAAGCAUAUAGACACUCAUGUCUAAUGGCUAUAUCCUGAUGUUACUGGACCACAAAAUGGAAGGGCCUAACAAGGGUAAUAUGAUAGAAAAGAAACGUUACAAUACAGUAGAAAUUGCAGGAUUCAGUUUAUCCUAAACAGAUCUGAAGCCAGACAAGUGCAAGGCUCUACAUCAUAUCCUGUAGUAUAUAUAUAUAUUUGUGAUAGUUACCAUAGGUGGUAUAUUCAACGAUGAAGGCUCUGCUGUGUGACCUGAAAUGGGAAUUCACAUCCUGUUUGAGUUUAUUCAUCAAAGCCAUGAUGUUUGUAGGAACUUCAGACAGAACUUUUGUUUACCAUAAACUAAUGAGGAUUCUAAUAAUAUCCCUAUGACAGUUGUGUGAGGGUUCUGAAAAUGAUGGUGUCCACAUAUCAUUCUUUGGUUGUGUGUGAUGAAUUACAUUUUUGCCAGUCAUAUUACCACUACUGUGUGCUUCCAUCUGGAAUACAUGAAAAUCUAGCAUAGUUAGUAUUCUUGUACAGUGGUGUUCUCACAUAAGAGGGAGAGUCAGUAAAUGGGUCACAGAUGGGUAUAGAACGUAAAAUAUAUGAUAUUCAGAUCUGAGAAAAACAUUUAUUUCUUGAUACAUCCUCCACCAACAUUGA